UGGACACUCAACUGAUGAAUGUGCGGCCCUUAAAGAUAAGAUUGAAGACUUGAUUAAGCAAGGAAAAUUGCAUAAUUUUGUGGACCGCUCAGGUUCAUCCCAGACUCGCUCAUAUCAACCCAGAUAUCAAUAUCGGCACAGGCAAGAUCGUUCUGAUAAAACCUCCGAUAGAGCUCGGCGUGAAAGAAGCAGGUCGCGCGAAAGAAAAGAUGACUCGGCACCUUCACAUAGGAGGGUUAUUAAUACUAUUGCUGGUGGAUUUGCGGGUGGAGGCACCACUUCUUCAGCCCAAAAGAGACAUCUCCGAGCUAUCCGAUCGGUCAAUACUGUUCAUAGACAGUCUUCUCGGUGGUUGCCAACAAUAACCUUCACUGAUGCUGACUUCAAAGGCAUUGAUCCGGAGCAAGACGAUCCGAUGGUUAUCAGUGUAGAAAUCCACAAUUGCAUCGUCAAGAAAACAUUGAUCGACCAGGGCAGUUCGGCAGAUAUUAUAUAUUGGAACACAUUCAAGCAGUUGGGCAUUUCUGAAAAAGAAUUGCUUCCCUAUGACGAUCCGUUGGUUGGUUUUGCAGGGGAGAGGGUCAGUACCAGGGGUUACAUUAAACUCUUCACACGCUUUUGUUUUGACGAACAAGAAAGCAGAGAAGUUCAAGUAAAAUAUAUUGUGGUGGAUGCUAGCACUUCAUAUAAUAUCCUCCUCGGCAGACCGUCUUUGAAUGCAUUGGGGGCUAUCGUCUCAACACCACAUUUGGCGAUGAAGUUUCCAUCCGACAAAGGGAAAAUAAUCACAAUUCACGCCGAUCAAAAGGCUGCUAGAGAAUGCUAUUAUGCUAGUUUGCGAGUUUUACCGUUUGAAGAAAGAAAAUCUAAAUCAAACAGAAUACAUGUUGUGAACGCUUCGGCACUUCUAGAGGAGGCUGUGUGGGAUCUUGAUCCAAGAAUGAAUAAUGAAGAGCGUGUGGAGCCGAUUGAGUCAAAAAUACAUUUUCAGAUAGGUUCACGUCCUGAGCAGGUUACAUACAUCGGUGCCGAUAUGUCCAAAGACGACCGUUCGGCCCUAUGUAAGGUUAUAGUGGAGAAUAAAGAUCUUUUUGCCUGGACACCUUCUGACAUGCCGGGUGUAGACCCGAAGGUUAUGUGUCAUAAGUUAUCAAUUUGUGCCGAGGCAAGACCGAUCGCGCAGCGGAAAAGAAAAAUGGGGAACGAAAGAAAACUUGCGGUUGACACGGAGGUUGCCAAGUUGCUUGAUGCCGGAUUCAUUCGGGAGGUCCAUUACACCACUUGGUUGGCAAAUGUAGUAAUGGUAAAAAAGUCAAAUGGGAAGUGGAGAAUGUGCACUGAUUACACAAGUCUCAACAAGGCAUGUCCUAAGGAUGCUUACCCACUUCCAAACAUAGAUCGAUUAGUUGAUGGAGCCUCGGGUCAUGGAAUGUUGACUUUUCUUGAUGCUUACUCGGGAUAUAACCAAAUUCCCAUGCAUACCCGUGACGAGGAAAAGACGGCCUUCAUAACCGAUUCGGCCAAUUACUGCUAUCAGGUAAUGCCGUUUGGGUUGAAAAAUGCAGGGGCAACGUACCAAAGGUUGAUGAACAAAGUUUUUCAACACCAAAUAGGCAAGAACAUGGAAGUGUACGUGGAUGACAUGGUCGUAAAAUCCAGAAGCAUCGAUCGGCAUGUAACGGACCUUUCGGAAGUAUUCCAACAGGUGCGCAAGUAUGAUAUGCGGCUCAAUCCGGAGAAGUGCGUAUUUGGAGUGUCCGGAGGCAAAUUCCUGGGCUUCAUGCUUUCGGCGAGAGGUAUUGAAGCUAAUCCUGACAAGUGUAUGGCAAUCGUCAACAUGAUAAGCCCUCAGAACCUUAAACAAGUUCAACAACUAGCAGGUCGGCUUACAGCGUUGUCACGAUUUCUCCCGUGUUUGGCCGAAAUAACGAAACCCAUGGUGGGAUUGUUGAGAAAAGCGAAAAAAUUUGAAUGGUCUGAUGAAUGUGAAAAGGCCUUUCGGACCCUAAAGGAACGUCUCGGUUCGCCGCCUAUACUUUCUAAGCCUGAUCCAACGCUACCAAUUGUGGUCUAUUUAUGUGUAUCAAAUGAUACAAUAAGUACAGCUCUAAUUCAAGAACGGGAGGGACAGCAACCUAUUUACUUCAUCAGUCGCAUGCUACAGGAGGCUGAGACAAGGUACCAGCUCUUGGAAAAAGUGGCACUGGGGCUAGUCCAUACCGCUCGGCGCCUCCGGCAAUAUUUCCAGAGUCACCAAAUCGCCGAGACGAAUAGAAAUACAGGAAAAGGAGGGGAGAAAGCUUAA